GGUGAUUUUCAGGAGCGCGGCGAGGACCGAAAGCCUGAAAGCAACCACCUGCAACUUGUGCAAGACCCGCAUUUUAGCAGCAAAACUACUCUCUCUCUCAUCGAUAUCCACCGGAAUCAACCCGCCGCAGGAGGGCGCCCUAGCCAAACCCCAAUUCGGUCGCCGACGUCUCAACUGGAUCAGCUCCGCAUCGAACAAAAACCCGACAUCAUGUCUCCACCCGCCAAACCCAUCCCCCCUCCUCCCACCGGCGCGGCCUUCAAGUACCCGGCCCCGGAGUUCGCCUACUUCCCCUUCAAAGCCUUCCGCCCGAACCCGCCCUUCCUCGACGGCGGCGCCCGCAAGCCCGACCCGUGGGCCAAACGCGACGCAUGGCGCUACAACGACUACUUCUCCCGCGCCAACCGGGUCAAAGCCAUGGUCCCCGGCCUGGGCAUGGCGACGGCGGCCUUUGCGGUGUACGUGGCGUACGAUAAGUGGUAUCAGACGAGUGGGCCUGGGAGGGAGGAGAAUGAGAAAUGGCAGAGGUGGAUGGAGGAGAGGGAGAAGAGGAUUGGGGGGCAUGGACACCACUAGAUGGGGCUUGGAAAGUCAUUGGCGAGCUGGAGGGGAUGGGUUACCGCUGCUGUUGGUGUCAGGUUGGCUAGACGUACUUCAACGACAGAAUGACCACACAGCCCCACUUUGCAGCUGAAGUACCGUCAUGAACCCCCAGCAAAACGAAAGACACGUCUACCUCUGGAGGUGUAAAGUCAUGAGACGGGAAGAAAGGGUGAUACCACAGCUAUGAUUUAGAUGCAGCGUAAUCUGUAUGUUUUUACUGGGACAGAAAAUACAUAUGGCAUGCACACGUACCCCACGAUCAGCAGACGUGAGUUAUCUAUCAUUAACGUGGAUCAUUAAGACCAAAAUAUACAGAUGCUAGUACGACGUCUACUGUAGCUUCAGGUG